AUGUUGUUCGAAUAUUUACCAAUUGAAUUAUUUUAUGAAAUAUUCUCGUAUCUUUCUGGAGGUUAUAUUUUAAAAGCAUUUUAUUCAAUUAAUAUGCAUUUGAAUAAUGUGUUAAUUGGAUACAAUCAUUAUAUAUUAGAUUUAUCUCAAUUGGAUAUGUCGAAAAAAGAAUUUCAUCUAAUUUGUUCGUUUUUACGAUCAAAUCAAAUUGUUGGAUUAAAAUUAAGUGAAAAUGAAUUUAAUGUUGUUAAUCGAUUUCUAUUGACUUUUGCCAAUAAACAACAAAUAUUAACUCGUCUUCGUUCAUUUUGGACUGACGAUACAAUCGAAGUUGAUCGACAAUUUCUCUCAAAAUUUGCAUCAAUUGUUAAUUACAAUCAACUUAGUUCCGUUCGAUUCGAUCGUAUUCGAUCAUCCAAGAACUUUGUUCGAUUCGAUUAUUCAUUGAAAUCGUUGACACAUCUUGCUGUAUGUUCUAGUAAACAAUUUCUUCAAUUAGUAAAAAAGAUACCAACUAAUUUAACUUUUUUACAUAUGUAUUUUAAUUCGAUUGAUGAUAUGGAUCAAUGUAUUCGUUUUAAUAUUCAUCAAUUAAAAUCAUUAGGAAUCGGUAUAAAAUGCACGUCGAUGAAUAUUCAACAAUUCAUUAACAAAUUUCAAUAUUAUCAAUGGAGACAAUUAGUUCAAUUGAAUCUCAAUUUAAAUGUUGACUUUCAUCUACAAUUUGUCAUGUUACAAGAUAUUUUUUCGAAUAUGUUUAGAUUAAAACAUUUAGUUUUAAUAUUAAAUCAACCAUUAACAGCAGAUAAUGAUUUAUUAAAUGGAAUUGUAUGGGAAUCAUAUAUAACAACAUCACUUAUUGAUUUAAAAACAUUUAAUUUUCAAUUGCCGACAUCCAAAACGUCAGAACAACGAAUAGAUUCUCUUUUAAAAACAUUUCGAACAAAAUGGUGGUUAAAGAAAAAGCAAUGGUUUAUCGAAUAUGAUUAUCAUAAACAACUACUUAUAACUGUGCCAUAUUUUGCUUCGACUAGGUGUGAUAAUCGAAAUACAUAUUCACUUGGUGACAUUAUGAAUUGGGAUAUUUUCUAUCGAAAUAUUAAUCAUUUACAAAUAGAUUUAUCAGAAUAUGGAGAUAAUGACCAAAUAUUUAUAACUGAACCUACUCGGCGAUCACCACGCUUUAAUAAUUUGGAUCGACUUGUAUUGAUUGGAUAUUUAUCAGAAUAUGUUUGUAAUCAAAUUCAGGAACAAGUCAAUUUGAAUCGAGUCAAAUAUUUUAGCUUUGGAUCAAUAGCCGAAAGUGCAAAUACAUUUAUUCGAUUAUUGGAAAAUAUGCCUAAUCUUUAUUACCUUUGUAUUCGAGAUUCAAAAGUUUGUGAUAUAUUUAACUCAUGGUCUUUAAGCUUUCCUUCGGUUCGUAAACUUAUUCUUGCUGAUUACGAGUCAAAAACGAGAACAGAACUGUUCCAUCAUUUGAUUUUUCUCUUUCCUCGAUUAACUGAUUUAACAGUAAAUUAUCAAUCACGAAGUAUGAUUCUCUAUUUAAUCAAUGAAUUUGUUCAUCUAGAGAAACUCACUUUACAUUUAACUCCAAAUCAAUAUGCUCCAAAUCCAACAUGGAUCAGUAAACAUUCAAGAUUAGAAAUGAAUGAAUUCGAAUCGAAAGUAUUCAACUAUAAUGAUCAAACCAAAAAGUUCAUUUUGUGGAUUAAUGCCGAAAUGAUAUCUCAUCGUCAAACGCGAAGAAAAUGUACAGUUCAAUAG